CUAGUUUUACAAGACACACAUCUAUUUAUAGAUUGACUCUAUAUCAUCUUUCACCCUCCUCCUCACCUUAAACUUUCAAAGUAAAACACCCUACCUUAAAAACCCAGAAGAAAAUGGAAGAAGAUCAGGCUAGCAAGCAUUCCACUCGACCAUACCGAGGAGUUCGGCAGCGAAAAUGGGGGAAAUGGGUAUCCGAAAUGCGCGAACCAGGCAAGAAAACCCGAAUAUGGUUAGGAAGUUAUGAAUCACCUGAAAUGGCAGCAGCAGCCUAUGAUGUGGCUGCAUUGCAUUUCAAGGGACACGUGGCGCGUCUCAAUUUCCCCGACUUGAUUGAUAGUCUUCCAAAGCCCGCGAGCUCCAAUGCUGAGGAUGUACAGGUGGCGGCUCAGGAGGCUGCCAAGCUGUUUAAAAGACCUGUUGAUCAGAUGAGUGGUGGCAGUAACUUGGUUCCGAUUAGGGUUGGGCUGUCGCCGAGUCAGAUUCAGGCUAUAAAUGAGUCACCAUUGGACUCACCUAAGAUGUGGAUGGAACUGGCUGGGGCUCUAUUAUUAGCAGAACCUAUGGUUUUGAGUCAUGAUAUUGAUGAGUUGAGUGAGUGGGAUGAAAUUAAGCUUGAUUCUAUUUGGGAUUUCUAGGCUAAAUAUGUAUAGGAUAAUAGCAAUAAAUAUAGUCAACAAACAAUAGACCAUUCUUAUGCAUUUAAUUCUCCCAAAUAAAAGGUACGCUUUAUAUUAUAUAAAAAAUUUUGGAGUGAUA